CGGCAGGCGUCGGCGGCGCUCGGCGUUGUGGUUCCGGUUUCCCGCAGAGCCUCUUUUCUGUGAAGGCCUCCAUCGCAGGAACCGCAGGCCCGGCUGCCUCGAGUCACAAGCAGAUAUGGAUAACAGACCUGAAGAGAAAGGCGGGACAUUGCAUGCAACUUCGCAAGAGAAGGCACAAGCUAGAGAGAAAGAGAAGAGAAAGCGAAAACGGAGUAGAAGCAGAUCCUCUUCAGUUUCUUCCACUACAUCAUCUAGUUCUUCAACCUCUUCCUCUUCAAGGUCAUCUUCAAGGUCCUCUGCUUCACGCAGCAGAAGCAGUUCAAGCAGUAGAGAUGCUUCCAAAUCAAAAGCAAAGAAGAGGAAAAAGGAAAAACACAACAAAAAGAAGAGGAAAAAAGAUAAGUUAAAGAAAAAGAAAGAAAAGAAAAAAAAGAAAGACAAAUCAGGCCCUGUCCAGCUUUCUAAGUACUUGAAAGAUAAAAGGAAGAAUCAAAACUACAGUAUGAUCACAGGAAAGAAAAUUAAGAUGAAAAUAAAGAAGAGUAAAAAAGAUAAAGAGCGUGAUCGAAACCGUGCUGAACUCCUUGAUUUCUUGAACUCCGCGUUGUAGUAAAAACGAUACUAAGCAAGGACCAAUAAAUGUGUAACCCAUUUGGUCACCCUGUUCCUCUAUAGCAUGAAAUGCAAGCUCAGAGUGAAGGGAUGAAAGAAUACUGAAACGUGUGAGGAGCUGAAACUUUUCUGCUGUGACAAUAAGAUGCCACCUUUACAACAGGCAAAGAAAAGAACUUGCCAACACAGACCCAUGCAGACUGUUGCUGCUUCUGAGACCCUAACAGAGCUGAAGUCCAUACUUUAAAAUGUUCUAAAGUGAGGUGAAAAUGGUUGAAUUUUGGCCUACUGUGAAUAUCCGAAACUGCAUGCAGAAUAUAACUUGAUCAGCAGUUGUCCAUUGUCAUUUUUAUGUUAAAGCUGAAUAUUUGCAAAUACAUGCUUUAAAAGGAAACAUACUUGUGUAUAGAUAUAUUUAGUUUUGGGAAUAUUUGUUAAGGACAAAAUAACUCUGCCUUAGCAGUGCAUAUUCUAGAGGAAUAAUACAAUAGUAUUUUUAAAACUUGAUUUCUUCAGUGUAAUGGAUUUUCCUUUCAAAAUAGGAAACACCCUAAUGGCAGGUUAUUAACUAGGUGCUAGGUUAUUAAUUAAAAUACAAUGGCACAAUGUAGCCAUUAUGUGAAUAUUCUGAAAACAGCUUACCUUUUGGUGUUUUUUUUCUUUUCUUUUCUGCAUUGUUCAUCACUGCUUUUUAAAAAAUGUUUUCCUUGGUCUAUGUUCUAGCUUUUCCUGCAGAUAAGUGUGUAAUCUAGGUACACACUAUGAAAAUCUCAGUGGGCCAUCAGUUUCAGUAAAGUGUAGCAAUACAUGAAACAGACUUCAUUAUAGGACUGGUCAUGUAAUAUGACCCCACAGUGUAUAAACCUCUAUUUUAAAAGAAAAUCCAAAUAAAAUCUGUUCUUCGGAGUUUGAUCAA